AUUCAUAUUUUAAUUCGAAAUUGGGUCAAGCAAAAUUCUGACGUUUUGAAUUAUUCUAAAAGAAUAUUCAUAUUAUACAGAAUUAUUUAUACUUAUUUUGGACAUAAUAACACAAAAAUAAUGUCGAACGUUUCAAAUGUAGAAAAUUUAUCACCACAAGUAAUCAGGAGUCUUGCUAAAGAAAUAGCCGAUUUAUGUAACGAUCCUCCUGAAGGCAUCAAGAUUUUUCCUAAUGAUGAAGACAUAACAGAUAUACAAGCACACAUAGAAGGCCCAGCGGGAACACCAUAUGCAGGAGGAUCCUUUAGAAUGAAAUUAGUACUCGGUAAAAAUUUCCCAUCAGAACCACCAAAAGGAUUUUUUUUAACAAAAAUAUUUCAUCCAAAUGUUGCAAGUAAUGGUGAAAUUUGUGUUAAUACAUUGAAAAAAGACUGGAAAGCUGAAUUAGGAAUUAAACAUAUAUUACUAACCAUUAAAUGUUUACUAAUAGUACCAAACCCAGAAUCUGCAUUAAAUGAAGAGGCAGGAAAAUUACUUUUAGAACAAUAUGAAGAUUAUUCCACGAGGGCAAAACUUUAUACAGAAAUACACGCCAAACCUAUGAAAUGUAUGGAAGAAAAAGAAAUCCCAGCAUCACCUAGUAAAAACUGUUUAGAAGGACCAAUGGCAAAAAAGCAUGCUGGAGACAAAAAAGUGAUAGACAAAAAGAAAAAAGAGAAGAAAAAAGUGUUAAAAAGAUUGUGAUAUAAUGUAUUUGUGUAUGUUGAUCAUGUAUUUAUUCAUACAAUGAUAGUAUUUAUGCGUGUAGAGAAUUGGAAGCAAUUGACCUUCUUGGUUUAUAUGAUAAGUGUGUAAAUGCGAUUUGUGUGUGUAUGAUUUUAUGAACCAGGAAUUUUAUAUGAAAUUGACAACCUUCUUGUAUAAAAGGAAAUCAUGAAGUACCAUUAUAUUCAUUCAUAGCUCGACAAAAUUAUUCGGUGACAUUUGUUGUACGUCCAGCGAUAUUUUUGUAAUGUAUUAAUUACCAGCUGCAAUAUAAUUGUGACGGUGAAAUGUGUACACAACGAUCUGGUCGUUUUUAUUUGUUUAUUUAUUUAAUUUUUUGUUUAUAAAAAUUUUAUUUCUUAGAAAAUCUACUCAUUUACAUUUUCUAAGUUUUUUUUUUAAUUUUAUGACCUGAAGUCUGUGAAUGCUUCAUGUUCCAUUUUUCAUUUGUAUCAUAAAAUUCUUAAUUAUAUAUAUUAUAUGUGUCUAAUAAUAAAUUUGAAAAGAAAAUGAAAUUAAA